UAUACUGAAGUGGUCGGUUUUCCUUAUUGCCUGACAUAGUUUUGGAUUGUUUUAGUUUAUCAAAAAUGGAUACUUCGGUACUAUUGCCUGUUGAAGCGGAGGGGUUCAUUCAAAGUCUGGAAACUUUCUCCCUUAAGGAGGUGGGCUCAAAGAGGUGGUUCAAACAACACGAGUAUAUUGAGAAACUUAACAUGCAAGCCAUACUGAAUGCUUCUGCUAUGCAUGAUGAGUUUGUCAACGAGCUCCUGGUAUCAUUAGGAAAGAUACCCAUCCUGAUCCAUGAGAUGAUUCUCGUGGAGGUGUGGAAACAGAAAGUCUUUCCCGUCAUGUGCCAGCUGCAGGACUUCAAUCCCAAGAACACAUUUCAUCUUUAUAUGGUGAUCCACCAUGAAGCCACAAUCAUAAAUCUGCUCGAGACCGUAAUGUUUCAUAAGGCUUCCUGUGAGGCUGCUGCUGAUUCUCUUCUUGACUUGGUGGAUUACUGCCACCGUAAACUUACUCUCCUGGCCAGUGAAGCAAUCAGGGACUGUGAUGAGACACAUGGCCAAAAAGAAGCGACAUCCUCCAUGAAGGAGUUGCAGGCACAAAGUACCAGUCUGGAGUUUGAAAUCUCCUUAAAAUCUCUGGCUGUGCUGCGUUACAUCACGGAUCAUACUGACAGUAUCAGCGUUAUCAAUCGUAUGCUGUGCACACACAACAUGCCAUGUGUUCUGGUUCAGCUGAUUGACUGCUCCCCCUGGAGUCGCUGCAGGCAAGGUGAGGUACAGAAGUACAUUGAUGGCAAAUGGCAGAAGAUUCCUGUUGAGGACCAUUUGAAAAUGACCAAACUGGACGGGCAGGUCUGGCUCUCUCUUUACAACCUGUUACUGAAGGAAGACUGCCAAAGAAAAUAUGACUUCAACAGUUUCAACAAGAAUCAGCUUCUGAAGCUCAGGGGUUUCUUGACAGACGUGCUGAUCGAUCAGCUACCAAACCUUGUGGAACUUCAGCGUUUUCUGGCUCAUCUUUCUGUUUCGGACCCACCUCCUCCAAAAAAAGAGCUAAUCUUCGAACAGAUCCCACAAAUACGGAACUACAUCGUGAAAGAAAACUCUGGAAAGUGGAAAGCAGUCGCAAAGUAUCAAGUCAAAGAAACAUUCAACCCCUCAGAGAGCGACUUGAGGCAGCAGGCCCAGAGGUUGGCCCAGACAUACAACUUGGAUGUGAUGGAGAGUUUACUCCCUGAGAAGCCCAAGUGUGGAUUCUGUGGUAAAGAGGCUUCAAAGAGAUGCUCUCGGUGUCAGGGAGAGUGGUACUGUCACAGAGAAUGUCAGGUGAAGCACUGGUCCAAACACAAGAAAAGCUGUCAGCUCAUGGCUGAGGCUACAGAGAAAAUCCAGAGGGAUCUUCACAUCAGCAGCUAAGAGGGAGACGCUUUAAACAUUAGGCUGACAGGAGAUAUAAAGACACAAACAGAUCUGCCUGUUUAGAUAAAGAAACACAGAUUUUGAUAUUGGGGCAUUUCUUUCUUUUAAUGUAGGACAUGUUUCUAGACUAUUUAAAAUUUAGUGUUUUAUUUCAGAUCCGUUUGUCUUACGUUCACCUUUUUCUACACUCUCUGACUCAAAUGAAAGAGACUUUUCUUAGUGGGAGGAGACCUGCU